GAAGAUGUCGCCUCCCCGAAGGUGGCCCGCCAUUGCCAUGAAGUAUAGCCUUGUUUUCUGGAUAGCUGGUCGAGGUGAGCAUGUCUUGCAAGCUGCCGCUCUAUGCUGUGUGGAACACGCAGGCUAAUGGCAGGGUCUUGUGUUUCAGAGCCCCAGCAGCUGCGCCAGAGCGCCAGCGCGGCUAAUCCAGCAGGAAUAGGAUUUAAUCUGUCAUUGGAAAAGGUGCAUGUGAUUGAUUGUGAGCUGCGUUCAGCCAAAACGGGCUUGCGGAGCACAGCAAACCCCGCGGUAAUUUCCCGCAAACACGGCUCUCUCCUAUUCCUCGCCCACUAUCACUUCGCCCUGUAUAUUAGCUCCCUCCCUUCCAUGAUGCUUCCUGUUGACACGAUUGAUGAGCACAUAGCCACAGGCAUCUCUUUUGAGGCGCGUGAGCUUUACGACACACAGCGGGCUCCAAACUCGGCAUAUAUCCGCACGUUUUUGACAGACUACCUUGACGAUACAGCCAACACACUACGUGCACUGAGGGCGAGCCAGGGUGACGGCGGAAAGACAAUUGACCGUAUAGCGCAGACGCUGGGAUGGCGUGAAACCACCAAAGUCUACCCGGGGAAGAGGCAGAGUGUUGGCAACUUAUUAGUAGACAAGCAGGGGCGUGUGGUGGUUAAUGCACGCAAGCGGUCAUUGACAAGCACAGUGAAGGCACGGGCAGUGGAGACUCUGGAAGAUGCCCGGCUGAUGCUCAAGGCUGUCUACGACACACACAGGGCUGUCGCAUCGGCGGCUGUUGUCGUGCCACUAGAAUCUGUGUCUCUGGCACGCAUCAGCAUCGAUGAGAUCCGGCUGAUUAACGAGAUCGCAAGGACGCACUACCCGGGCCUUGUCGGGCAUGUUUACUUGACAGCCAGCGCGUCAGUAAUGCUGGAGCACUCGCGGCGGUACGUGCGGGCGUGGGGGCUUGGUGCGCCCCAGGCAGAGCGGCUGACGCUGGUGCUUGCUGACGAGCUGGCAGUCACGCCGAUCGACGAUUUCAUGCGGGAUCCCCCAAAAACACCGCAUAUGCACAAGCACGAGCCAGCCAAGACAACGCUGGAUGACUUUGUCAAAGGCCAGAGGCAGCAGCAGGGCGGAAACAGCGCUGGAGCUGAGACCGAAGCAGACGAGUUCCACUCGGUUUACUCGGACGCUCGCGAGACAAACACCGACCCAAGCGGGAUUACCGCGGAUCUCCAGCGCCGCACCUCGUCCCGCGGAAGCCGGCGACUGGUGUCGUUGCCAAGCACACCCAGCCUCAGCAAAUUCCUCGACCAGCCAGGUGGCCGGCAUAGCGCGCUGGUCAUGUCUGCACUGCCCAAGGACGACAAGCCCGAUGAGCUGGAUACGGUCAGCAGCGAAGAGGCGGAGAAGAGCGACGAGGCACGGCGGUUCGGCUCAAUGACAUCAAUCCAGCUCGCGUCGCUACAGCGUGCUGUUCAGGGCGUCCAGCGCAUGCUGUCGUCGAUCGGCGACAACAUUGGCACGGCGGACUCGCAGGCAGUGCUGGAUUCAGCCAAGAGCAAGCUCUCGCAGCAGACCGAUGUUUUGAUGUCGACGGUUGCGGCGCUCAGCUUUGGUGUCUCGCUCAUGGAGAACAAGCAGCCGCCGACAUCCAAGGCCUUUUAUAUUGCCAGUGUGGCUGGCAGCCGCAAGGACCCGAAUGGCUCGACGUGGCAGUCGUUCCUCAGCCGCGUGCUGGCGGUGCCGCUGGCGCUGCUGUUUGGGCGGCCGGGCAGCGCGGUCAAGAUCAUGCGGCUGGUUGCCAGCAGGGUGGCCAGGGUGAUAGCCCGGCGGGUCAGGGGGCUGCCAGGGCUGCAGACGAUUCUGAUGCUCGCCUACAAGCACCUGCGCGUGUAUGCCAUGGUGUGCUGGACCGGCGCGUUUCUGCUGUACCAGGCCAACGCAGCUAUGAUAUGGUCCAACCUGACAGCGCAGUGGAGCCGUGGGAUCCGGAUGUGAAGCCUGCAGCUAUUAGUAAUGGGCUUAAUCGAUUUUUAAUACCACUACUUCCAGAUCGGCUGUGAUGUGGCUCUUUGCAGGCUGCACGGCGGGCCUGCUUUCUUGCCAAUCGUAGAAAGGACGCCGCGGCCACAGCCCCUGCCAUCGAUUGCGGCGGUUUGUCAUCAGCCCUCUCAGCUGGUGUAAGCAGAGGCGUAUUUACGGAGGCAGCGAUUGGUCAUCACGACUGUAGAUGGGUACAAGUCACCAGUGGAGGGCCUGGAUGGGGCCAUGGUCAGGCUUAUAAACACCACCAAAUUG